AUGAGUACCCAUCCAGAACCAUCUGAUAGGCCCGUAACAACAUCAUCAACUGAUUUGGCGAAUCUGGGAGCUCAGCUGAACGAAGUUCUCAACCGAUUUAAUGAGCUAAGCGUUGAAAUGAUGGCCCAACGGCGCGUGAUCGACCAAUUGGUCACUAGUGGUGCUAGCAGUGAGCAACAACAUGAGCCUUUACCCCCUGGCCAAUCUGAACCUCAACCAAUACUCUUACCUUAUACUCAAGCUCCUGUUAUUUCACAUGUCAUAAAUCCACCUGAAGAGGCCUUUACCUAUCCCACUCAUGGCCCACCACUUACUUAUGCACCUAACAUCCAAAUUAACCCUUCUCAUGCCCAAAUUCCCCAAAGUUAUCCGUCAAUUGCUAUGAGCAUGCCAUUCGAACCUCAGGGACCCCAUUAUUACUCCACCGCUAAGCCAUUCACCAUAGAUACCGUUGCCCAAGGAAAAGCUGAAGUUGGGGAAUCAUCCGCGCCAGUGGAUAAAAACUUGCUAAAGAGAUUGGAGCGGUUUGAAGAGUUCAUAAGGAAAAACCAAGGUUCGAACAAGCAAGGAGGUUUGGACUACAACGAGCUGUGCCUGUUUCCGAAUAUGCAAUUACCAAUGGGUUUCAAAGCACCCAAAUUUAGCAAGUACGAUGGAACUGGCAAUCCCAAAACACACCUUUGGAUGUUUGCAAACAAGCUAGGGAAGCCGAUAGAUGAUGAGAAUCUACCUAUGCGCUUAUUUUCCGAGAGUCUAGAAGGCGACAUGUUGGAUUGGUAUUCCAAUUUGAAGCCUGAGGAUAUGAGAUCUUGGAUGGGUUUGUCAACUGCUUUUAUGAGGCAGUACGAAUACAAUUGCGAGCUGGCUCCCACGAGGACCACAUUGGAGGGAACCAAGAGGAAACCAUCCGAGGACCACAAGACAUAUGCAAAAAGAUGGAGGAAAUUGGCCGCCAAGGUGGAGUCUCCUAUGAUUGAAGAUGAGAUUGUUCGUACGUUCAUCAAAGCUCAUGACCCGCCCUACUUUGAGGAGAUUUUUCGCAUGACCGGGUGUUCAUUUGCAGCAAUUAUCAAUAAGUUGGAGGAGUAUGACGAAUAUGUCAAAGCAGGAAAAAUUGUCAAUGUAUCAGCUUUAAAAUCACAGUUGGACGCCUUGCAAGGUCAGAGUAAUAACAAAAGGGAGCCUCAACUUCAGAAGAAAGAGGAGGAAACUACUUUUGUGUGGGGCCAAGGACCGUUUUCAAGACCCAGAUCUCAACGUUACCAUACAUAUUCAUCUCGCUACCCAAACCCACGCCCUGUUUACCAUACUACUAUCAAUCAUCCUCGACCUCGGCAAAACUGUGCAAGCCCACCUACAAUACCCUUCCCAAUGUCUCACAACAAUCCUCAAAUUCAACCUUGUCUACCUUAUAAUCCCAGACCUACUCCACCAAACCAACAGGCUUACAACCCUUCUCAAACCAAUAAAAUACAAAAACCUGGUCGAUCUCGAACUUUUACCAACUUAGGCCGACCCAUUGACCAACUAUACGAACAGCUCAAGGCCGCCGGUGAAAUUGAUGACAUACCUCCUCCAAACUACUCUCGUCGAGGUCUCUCUUCUAGGUACGACCCUCAAGCCGCAUGUGCCCACCAUUUUGGAGCGCCCGGUCACUCGACCAGUAACUGUUGGCGAUCUCACGAAUGUGAAUUUGAAUUUCAAAAUGAGAGGAGUGGGGAAGAGGCAUCCGAAAAUGUUUCAAAGAAGCCCGAAUGGAAUAAAAGAAGUUCAAGCCGAAUCGGGAUCAAGAUUAGGAAUAAGAAGCAGUUGAACACAGUCCAUCGUGGUUAA